AUGGAGCGAAAACAAAAUAGACCGUGGAGCUCGAAGAAAUGGACAGGUCCGAAAGAGUUUGUUGGAGUCCUCUGCUGGGUAACCUACCAGCAGUUCGAUGAAGUAUGCGUGAGGGGAGAGUCGAGCCAGCGGCAGGCAAUGGCCACAGACGGACAGAUAUAUCAAGAUUUUUCCCAGAACGUCGAAUAUUCGAAUAAUCAAGGCUUCCUGGAAGGAUUUCCGCCAUCACCCUGGCGGGAAACCGUGGAAUCGCACAUGGAAUAA